AAUGUUUUGCCAUAGCUUCACGGUGUGUCCACAGCCAACCCACCCUAGAUGCAUGUUUCAGAUGUCGCAGUUCACCGUUCACUGGAAAAUGAGUCCUUCAAAUGAAAGGAUCGACAGAUUUGCGGUAUGGCAAUAUUAAAAACAGUAUUUAGCCUCACUCUCUUGCUGGUGAUUGAGAAUAUUUUGGGGACAGAAGGAUUAGACAGCCAUGACGACUUAUCUCAGGUAACACACACAGAUGUUUACGUGCCACUGGACCACCUUAGGCUGAAAAGAGAAACAUUACAAGGAUUCGAGGACUACAUUAUUGAAAUCGAACUCAGCGUCUCUAGCAUCUCAGUGGUAGAAGAGCUGAAGACAGUGUUGAAUUCCGUUGGAUUUCCUCUCCAAAUUGAAGGCGCAGUUAAUAUAACUGACGUUAACAUUAGCACAGUGUGCUCCCCAGUUGAUUCUGGUUUCCAGUGCAAAUGUGAGGAAGAGUUUUCCUGGUCACUGGAGAGCUGCAGAAAGUAUAGCAACUGUAGCGCCAUCACUGCUAACACAUGUGGAUGCAUCAACGCCAUUCCCCCCAAUGGACCAUUCUGUGAACUAAACCCAGCACCUCAACUCACACCGGUUGAGUACAUUAUAGAAAUCGAAGUCAAUGUUUCUGACAUUGCAGUGGUGAAUCAACUGAAGUCUCUUUUAGACAGCAUCAAUUUUCCUUUUCAACUCGACCACAUGAUUGAAAUCACUGCCGUAAAUCUUACGACAGUUUGCUCCAAAUGUGGAUGCGUCAAUGCCAUUACACCCGAUGGGACAUUUUGUCCACCAGUCACCACUCCUUCUCCCACUCUACCAACAAACACAACUCCUUCAUUGAAUGUAUCAACAACACAAGAGCCAUACACCACUGCUUCAUUCAAUGAAUCAACAACACAAGAGUCAAACACAACGUCUUCAUUCAAUGAAUCAACAACACAAGAGCCAAACACAACGUCUUCAUCCAAUGUAUCGACAACACAACAGCCAAACACAACUUCUUUAUCCAAUGUAUCGACAACACAAGAGCCAAACACAACGUCUUCAUCCAAUGUAUCGACAACACAACAGCCAAACACCACUGCUUCAUUCAAUGAAAUAACAACGCAAGUGUCAAACACAACUUCUUUAUCCAAUGUAUCGACAAGACAAGAGCCAAACACAACGUCUUCAUCCAAUGUAUCGACAACACAACAGCCAAACACAACUACUUCAUCUAACAUAUCAACAACACGAGAGCCAAAAAAACCAGAGCCCAAAACACCGUUCACAACACCUGAAAAACCAGAGCCCAACACACCGUCCGCAACACUUGCCGCUACCAGUGGAAUGUUGACCACAGCAACAGCAAAAACAGCAAAAUUUGGCCUGCAGAUGUCAUUUAGGAUUGUUGACAGGACGUUUGAUGACAGUUUGUCUGACACUUCUUCUCAAGAAUAUAUGAAACUGGAAAUUAUCGUCAGAAAUGCUAUUGAUAAAAACUACAUGAAGACCGUUGAAGAAUACAUUGGAGUAUCAGACAUUCGCUUUUCGAAUGGCAGUGUGAUUACAAAAUAUACAGUGAGGACAAACAAAGUCAGCUCCUCUGACAUUGAGAAGGCAAAUCAAGCCAUUGUAGAAACACUUCAACACCAGAGCUAUAACGUGGACCCCAAGUCCUUCACAGCAGCUCUCAUAGAAGACACGUUUGCGGGUUUGCCUCCGGUGUUCGCCGGAGACGACAUGUCCUUGCGUUGCGAUCCGCAAGUGGACACUCUGGGAAAUCCUGUGACCUGGAGGGUGAAGGGCCAGAAUGUCACAAACAAUUCAAAGUAUAUAAUCAACAAGGAGCAAUCCAGUCUCACAGUGAAGAACCUCGUUAGGUCUGAAAGUGGAAUAUAUAAAUGCUCCGUGAACACUGGCGUUGUGGAGUUCAUCCGAAGCCAGGACAUUACAGUGCUGCCUGCACCCACGGUGUUUGUGGAGAAGCAAGUAAUCAACAGCCACUGCAAUACAGCGGUCAAGUUGACGUGCUGUGGACAAGCACGCAACUUCCUUCUAGAGUGGAUCGAUAAACAAAGUGGUAAAACACUGAGCUCACAGGGUUUCAGUGAAGAUAACUGUACUACGAUGGACAGGAGAUGCCAAAACGUGGAAACCCGAGUGUUCAUUUGCAAAAUGACAUUCAGAAGCAAGGCUUUCACACAGGAAGCUACCUUGCGCUUUUUUGAAGACGGUGUGAUAUUUUCUUGUGACGACGGCGUGUACGGCCUUGGAAGAGAAAAUGACAUCGCUGUCGUGGGCUGCUCAAGGGGUGCAGAAGGCAGCAGGGCUGCACGAUGCGAGAAGGGCAAAUGGAAGUUCGUGAACAACACCUGCCUCUUACCAGAAAUUAAGGAGCUACAGUUUAAAUCACUGGUUUUGGAUCAAGAAGGCGUUGAUGCUUUUGUACAGGAACUCCGAAACAUCACCAGUUUGUCAAAAGAUGAAGUAGCCAUUUCAACUGCGAAUAUUUUAACCGUUGUGAACAUACUGAACAAUGUUAUUAAUGUUAUAAAUGGAAAUGAUGUCAGCAGUACUGUGGUUGAGAAUUUUCUGCAAACUGUGGAUAUUUUAGUUUCAACAGAAACAGAAGGAACCUGGGGCUUACUAAAUGAAGGCAACUCCACCAACAGGACUGGCUCAGAUUUACUGAAUUCAGUAGAGGAAAUCGCGAAGGUCAUCAGAAACACUUCCGUCAGCAUUACGACAUCCACAAUGCAGUUAAACAAAACAAUAUUUUUUGACGAAUUCAACAUAUCCUUUUUAAAUUCAACUGAUGAGAUAAUCGUGUUCGGAUCGAUGCCUAGCUUCCAAACUGAAAUUACUACUGUACACUUUCGCACCCUGGACAUAGUUUUACCGCCACGGAACCUCACCAGUUCGAAUAACACGAUUAACAGUGCCGUCUUAUUAGCCUACACUAACAGCACGAUUACUAACAUCACUCUGACGUUCCAAAUAAGAAACACAACACUGGGCAAUCCACAGUGUGUCUUCUGGAACUUCACAGAAACAGCCUGGGACUCAUCGGGGUGCGAGGUUAAAAAUGUCGGGAACGAGAACAUAACGUGCGUCUGUAACCACCUGACCUCCUUCUCCAUAUUGAUGUCACCUUUCAUCCCCGAAGCAAUCAGACUCCUUUUGGAUUUCAUCACCUACAUUGGAGUGGGCAUAUCAAUGGGCAGCCUGGUCCUGUGCCUCAUCAUUGAAGCCAUCGUUUGGACCGCCGUCACCAGAAACAACAUAUCGUACAUGCGGCACGUCACCAUCGUCAACAUCGCUGUGUCCCUGCUGAUCGCAAACAUAUGGUUCAUCAUCGGGGCGGCCAUAUCGGAUAUUGAUGAGAAGACGCCAGUCGGACCCUGCAGUGCUGCAACUUUUUUCAUCCACUUCUUUUACCUGGCCUUGUUCUUUUGGAUGUUGAUUUCAGGUGUCCUGCUUUUUUACCACAUGGUCAUGGUCUUCUCUCACAUGUCCAAGAGGGUGAUGAUGGCCAUCAGCUUCACGGUAGGCUAUGGCGCCCCCCUAAUCAUUGCCGUCGUCACGGUGGCAGUCACAGCUCCACAGAACGGAUACUUUCGGCAAGAUGAUGCUUGCUGGCUCAACUGGUUUCAGACAAAGGCUCUCCUUGCUUUUGUGAUUCCUGCCCUGGCCAUAGUGGCCAUAAAUUUCAUCAUCCUGAUUGUGGUACUGUAUAAAUUGAUAAGGAGGGGAGUUGGAGAGAACCAGACAGACGAGAGAAACGCUUUGGUGGUCAUCGCAAGGUGUGUCGCUGUCCUCACCCCUUUCUUUGGGCUCACGUGGGGAUUCGGAAUAGGAGUCAUGGUCGCACCAGAAAGUGUUGGCCUCCACAUUGUGUUCGCCGUUCUCAAUUCAUUACAGGGUUUCUUUGUCUUAGUGUUUGGAACACUGUUAGACAGCAGGAUACGAGCAGCAUUAGCAGGGAGGUUUUCAUUCAUACACACAAGCUCCAACCGCACAAGGAGCACAAGUGGAGGUCCCUCUUCAUCAAGUGGAUUGGGUCUGUUUCAAAGACGAGGCAGAAGAGAUGCAUACCAUGUCUCAGAAGCCGCAACUUCAAGCCAAUCAAACGCUGCUUCAGAUUCUUUCCUCAAUACUUAGUGCUGUUCGGCAUGGCUGUCUAUGUUGUUAUAUGAUCAUAUACCUCAAGACCAUGGACACGCGAACGGCUAAUUGUCAAUAUGUUAUAUUCGUUUAGAAAGCACUUUUUUUGUCCAGAUAUUUUUAUUCUUCAGUUUCCUCUCAUUUUGUAAACACCAUUUUGUCCUACAGUCUUUGAAAUACUCAUACAAAAUUCAUACUGACUUUUGUACUGCCCAUACACAGUAUAUCAUUGUUGAAUUGCACUGUAUAUGCCACCAUUUAUUUUAGCCCGAGGGACUCUAGUCUAAUACAAUCAGGGACUUCAGUCAAGACCUUGAUUUUGUUGAAUCAGAUGGUUUACUGUUGCGGGAGACAAAGGUGUGCAGCCACACAGGCCCGUCUCAGGAAAGAUUAGACACUCCUGCUUUAAAAGUCUUUCUCCAUCCCUAUUGUGUAUGUGAUUUGCCAUUGUAGACCGAGUGGUAUCACCUUGCACGGGGACGCCCUUGCUAUAAAAACGGCUCUCCAAGCUGCCUGCCUAACAGGAAACAGUUACACCAGUCAGGGCUCCUCGUUUUUAUAGUGUUCAUCUGGAGUAGGUGUUUCCCUGUAAGACGGAACAACGAAUGCGCUGCACCUGCCUGUACUGUAAAAUGUUUUGUAUGAAACAAGGACAGUCCUUUUAACCUUCUUAUUGAGUAAAUUCAAAGUUGAUUACACAAUGAAUAGUUUGCUGUCAGUGAAAUCAAACUUGUACAGGUUGGAAUUUCUGAAAUGUGAACGUGGUCAUUUUUAAAUGAUCAAUCCCCUUUCUUUUCCAGUUGAUUCCAAUCCAUGUGCAGUCUAGCUGUAAAUUGAAGUCUCUCUUAAUUUUUGCAAAUUACUUUUUAGCAUUUAGCAUUUUGUGCUGCGGUUGUUUUGCAGUCUGUUUUGUACCCAUGUGACAUGCAGCGAGCUCCAUAAUGUUUGGCACAAAAACAUAUAUAUUUUUUCCUUGAUGACAGUUAAUUGUUUGAGCUAUCUAUUGUGCAUUGUGUAGCUAUGUAUUUGUUUGUCUUGUCAUUAUAUCUUUUCAUUGUAGGCCAUUUUGUCAAUUGUAUGUAGAUGCUGAAGGAAUUUCAUGAUGGAGUCAUGAUUAAUGAUUAAAAUGAUUAAAACACUCUUAGCCCUACUAUAUUCUGUCAUUGAUGGCAUACAGUUAGGGGAUCCUGGGGUUGGUUGGCACUCUUUUCACUCUUUGCCAUAUUUCUCCAGCAAAAUUGACAUUAUUUUAUCCAGUAACAAGGUCUCAGCUAUAAAUUCGUUUUAAUAUCCAAUAAUGUUUAUUUGGUGACCUUACUUUGGAAAAGUCAUGCUGUUCACUUGUGCCAACCCCAAGAAUAAACCCAACUGAGAUAGAAAUCUCUUUUGACAUAAGACACAAAGUUACACAAGACAGUAGACAAACAAGUUACAGACAUCAAAUGGAGAAAGAGACAGCAGUGUAACAGUAAUUAAAAGCAGUGUGGAGGUUAAAAACAGGAGAAUAUUUCAGUCACACUUCCCUGCGGCGGCGAGGACGCCGCACGCAGACACACACUUCCCUGCGGCGGCGAGGACGCCGCGCGCAGACACACACUUCCCUGCAGCGACGGCGGCUUCCCUGGACAAUUUGUGGACAUUUGGUAUUUCUUUUUUGUUUAGUUUUGUAUAGUAAUUUGAAGAGAGAGAGAGAGAAAAAAAGGCCUUUAGUUUUUGUCUUUUUUGUCUUAUGGGUGGGGGUGUUGGGUCCCCUGCCUCUGCUUGCCUGGGUAGUGCAGGUGGAGGUAGUUGCUUAAUUACCUAAUUGCCUGAUUGCCUCCACCUGCCUGUGGCCCAAUAUAAGCCCAGUAGUAUGAGGCAGGGGAGUUUUUUUUCUAUUGGGGCUUGUAGUUUGUGUGGAGAUCUUUGGUUCUGUGAACUUUGUGUGUUUUCGUUUGUGCCUUUGUUUGUAAUUUAGAUUAAUAAAUGUCUGGGUUUGUUUUUA